GUUCGAUUCAGUUUCGAUUGUUGAGCGAUCAUGACGACAACGCUGCCGGAGAAGGAAACGGCGCAGGAGAUUCGGGAGCGGGAGGCCAAGACUCUGGAGGAUCGGAAGGAACGGAAGAUCUACGAAAACUUUGCCACACCCCUGGCAGGCACUUUUCUCAACCUCCCACGCGAUCCUGUAGAGAUCAAGUGUCCCGCCUGCGGCAUCAAGGAUCUGAGUGUGGUGCAGAAUGAUCUCAAGUGGUGGGCCAGUGAACUGAACCGCAUUGUGGGCUGUCUUUUUGUGAGCUUUUGUUGUUGCUGCUGUUUCAAUUACUAUGUGCCCUGCAAGCAAACCGAUCGAAGUCAUUACUGUGGCAAUUGUGGUUGCUAUUUCGGACGCUCUAUGAAGAGGAGGGAACCCCUUAAAAUUAAGGCAACCACCGCCUAGUCACCAUAGUUUAAACAUUUUUUGAAAUGCUUUCUUAACAUCCGAACACCCACCCACUGCAAAACCAUCAAAACAAAAAUAAAACUGAAAUGAUCACAUU